GGUAUGAAACAAUUGGAAGAGCGGCAUGUGCCCACUAAAGUCUUAAAAAUGGAAUGGUCAAACAAAAUGGAUCUGUUAGCUAUAGCCAAGGAACACGGCGAAGUAUCUUUACAUCGUCUUACAUGGCAACGAGUUUGGUCCUUAGCUGCUCCAAAAGAUAAAACAUUGGUGACUGCAUUGGCUUGGAGACCCGAUGGAAAACAACUGGCUGUAGCGUAUGAUUCAUGUGAUUUAUUAUUGGUGGACGUUGAAAAUAAAGACAUCGCUUUCAGCAAAACUACUGAGAGUAAAGUUACUUCUUUAGUGUGGGUACAGCAAGAAAAACCUCAGAAAAAAGACACAAUAGAUUCUGUACUGAUAAAGAUGAAUGGUCUYGAUUAUCUCCCAAAACUCCAAAGCUUGGUUCUUCGUGAUGCCCCUGAAGAGGAGAAUAAGAUACCAAAAGUCCAAGACACAUUGAAUUUAUUGUUAGUUGGCAUGGAAAAUAGCGAAGUACAAAUAUUAGCAUUGGGUAUAUUUUUGUGCGGAUCCAUUAAAUUGGCKGAGGUGUUUAAAAAAGAAUGCACAGUAUUAAACAUACACAUGCCAGUAGAUUUUAGUUACUUAUAUGUAGCUAUUCAGUAUUACUAUGGUAGUAUAGAAAUAGUGACGAUUAAACUACAAGAGUGUGACACAUGCUGGGAUGAUGUUUAUGAUUUGGCGUUUAAACACGAUCAGUUGCUGUCAUCGUUAGAUUAUUUAGAUCAAACGAUGAAAAACAUACUUGAAACGUGGGAGCAUGUAUCGUUGAUGGAAAUGGAACUGAAACUGAGCUCUUAUUGUCCAGAAGACCCAGAAAUGGUAUCUACUGAUCUAUUGGAAYUGCUAAUUUAUGGUAUAUUAACAGAACGCAUGGACCAAUUCCUAAAAAGAGAUUUAACUGAUAAGGGCAUCAAGAAAAUCGGUCUGUCGAUCGAGUCGAGUCACACCAACGUUCAGAAACUAGUGGUGAAACAGCUGUCGGAAGUGACCAACCAGAUUCUGUUCCAGCUAGUGGAGAUAUCCGGGAUGUCGCUGAAAAAGUACGAAUGUCUGGGACUGACAGAGCACAGUGUGAAGAAAGCUUUACGGUCUGUCAAUGGGUUCUUGAUGAAGUGCAACGAGGUGCAAAUCGUCAUUGAAGAGUCGCUGACUCGGUACAAACUGUUCUUCAAGUGGCUUUACGGCAUGAUGAUCAAACUGAACGACGAGAACUCGGUGCACGACCCGUCGCUGUCGGACACGUCGCAACAGGAACUCAACAUGCUGGCCGAGUACAUCAACGGGCUAGGAGAGACCGGGGCCAAGGCCAAAGACUAUAAACUGGACCGGGUGGGCCAGUACUUCCUGGACGGUGACUUGGAGUGCCCGUACGACACGCGCAGCCAAUGGUGGUCACUGCUCCAGGACAACCCGUGCCUGGAGGAGAACGAACUGAUCGUGACAGCAUCCCGGAGCCAUUCACUGACCCAACAGUUCGCCGAGCUCAAAGCGGACCUAAUGGACAUAUUCGCGCAGCGCAAGACGUUCUUCGACAAAACUUUCGUUAUGUACGACAACGUGCCGCUGGAAGCAACGUCAGGGCUGUCACAUGGCUCCACUCGGGUGGACAUGGUGGACCUGCCCAAUCACAAGCUGCUUGUGUGUUGUGUUAGAGAUCUAGGAGCCCACGACUUUGGGUUCUACGAGCUGAUGGCGUACGGYGACACGCAAGAGGUGACGCAACGCAGCACCACCGUGUUCUACUCGUGCGACGGUACCAAGCAGAACUUGCACGAUGUGCAGUUUUAUUCACCCGACUACCUGUCUGUGCUGACGGAGACGGUCGACCGGGCGUCCAACCGAUUCUCGCUGUUCGUGCAGCUGUCCACCAGCUGCGUGCGCAGCCACUGUUCGACGGACGGACUGUCCACGUGCCGGAUAGGCCAGCCAAAUGCCGUCAGCAGCAGCAACAGUAGCGAAAGCUGUCACACGCUGACCGAUUACACGUGCCGAAUGGUAGAAAACAUGGCUGCUUCCAGUUUCGCGGUCAGUGGCGUCCGGAAAGUGGCAGUGCUGUUGUCACACAGUCGGCACAAGGUCCGACUGUUUGAGAUGGAAGUGGACGACGAAGAGGACGAGGAUGACGACAGUGCGAUGGACAUCACAAGGGAUUCCAAUUUGGCAGACGAGACUGCAUGACGCCCUCUCCCAACCCUUUAUUAUCUAAUAAAACACUCACCGACAAACUCGAAUUACUCUUGCUCAAGACGCUCAAGCACUAUGUUUUCGUCGUUGUUGUUACUCGUUGUGAUGAUAUYAAGUCGUAUAAUAGUAAURAUUAUUAUUUUACUAUCGUUAAUAAUGAUGAUGAUGUUUAUAUCGUUACCAGAGUUUGACGUASUCGUAUAAUAUAUUUAAUGUACCUAUACUCACAUUAUGCUGGCGAGAUGUGCACGUCAGAAUUACGUAUACAAUAUAAUAUUAUAUUUUGUAUAUUUUUAGACCACAAUAAUAUUAAAUUAUAAUCGAUUCGAUUUUUCGUCCUACAAGAAUCUAA